AUGGAGGGCGAGAUGGACGAGGACGUGCUGACGGAGAUCCUCGCGAGGCUGCCGUGCAGGUCGCUGGCGAGGUUCCAGUGCGUCUCCACGUCGUGGCGGCGCAUCAUCUCCAGCGACUACCUCCGCCGCAGGCUGCCGCUCAUCACGUCGGGGGUGCUCUACCACGACGACACGCACCGCGGCGGCGACGACUUGGACGGCGGCAGGAGGCAGCAAGCGUACACGUACGCGUGCGCGUCAGGCGGCGGCGGCGGCACGGCGGAGGCCCCGGACAUGGACUUCUUCCCGCGCCACGAGACGUCCACCAUCAUCGACGGCUGCAACGGCCUGCUACUCUACUACUCCUCCCGCCCGACGGCGUUCCACGUCGUGAACCCGACCACGCGGCGGUGGGCGGAGCUUCCGCCGCCGCGCGCCAGGACGCUGCUCUCCGUGCUGGCGUUCGACCCCUGCGCCUCGCCGCACUACAGGGUGGUGUGCUUCACGGGGUGGCUUCCCCGGGGCGCCACCAUCGAGGUGUUCGACUCCGAGCGCGGCGCGUGGCGGGACCACGAGGUCGACUUCGGCCUCGACACCGACGCCAUGUCGGCCACCAUGCACUACUCCGGCGGCGCGCUCCACGUGCUGGCCUACUCGGGCCACGUCGUCCGCGUCGAUCUGGACACCAUGGCGUCCGCGGUCACCGCGCUCCCGGCCCCCGUCAGCUGCCGGGCGCGCGCCGGGCACUGCCGCGGCCGCCUGCGGUUCGCGUCGAGCGACGGCACGCGCCUCAGGAUCUGGGAGCUCAAGGACGCCGCCGGGGGCGAGUGGGCGCUGAAGCACGAGAUCGGGGUCAGCGACGUCGUCUCCGGCGGCGCGUCCCAGCCCAUCACGUUCUUGUUCAUGGCGUUCCACCCCGAGCGGGAGCUGGUGUACCUGUGGUCGCCGUGGAAGCUGCUGGCGUUCGACGUGGUCGAGAGGCGCGUCGAGGAGGAGUGGGUGUUCGGAUCGGAGAAAGAAGGCACGCACCUCAUACAGGUUUGGCUGUUUCCGUUCUCGCGCCAUUUGGCCAACGCGCUGGCCUGA